AUGGCGGAUGUAGCUCUUCUCCAUCACCUCAUCGAGGUUUUGCCCAAGGCAGAGCUGCACGUGCACAUUGAGGGAACGCUGAGCCCAGAACUGCUCUUUGAGCUUGCGAAGAGGAACGGGGUGCAGCUUCCGUACAAGACAGUAGAGGAGGUCUGUGCAGCCUAUAACUUCGCUGAUCUGCAGUCCUUUCUCAACCUCUAUUAUGAAGGCAUGACUGUCCUCAUCACUGAGGAUGACUUUGCCGACCUGGCGUAUGCCUACACCCGUACGAUGCACGAGAGCUGCAUCUGUCACGCUGAGCCCUUUUUCGACCCUCAAGGCCACCUCAGCCGCGGCAUUACGUUUCGCGUGCUCUAUGACGGAAUCACGAAAGGAUUUCGCCGCGGUAAGGCUGAGUUUGGAGUCAGUGUCGCGCUCAUCUUUAGCUUCCUUCGUCAUCUACCCGAGGAGGAGUGCUUGGCGCUCGUGCGCGAUGACAUGCACCCCGACAACGGCCAGUACAUCCGUGAGUUGUUCGCAGCGAAGGUGUUUGUGGCGGUGGGGCUGGACUCUUCAGAAAUGAGCCACCCACCGGGGAAGUUUGCACGGCUCUACCGCUACUGCCGCGACGAGCUGAAGGUACCGUUCCUUGUGGUGCACGCGGGUGAGGAAGGCCCGCCGAUGUAUGUGCAGGAUGCGAUGAGGAUGCUGGCUGUGGACCGCAUUGACCACGGUGUGGCCGCCCAUCUGGACCUGGCUCUGUGCAAGGAUCUGCGUGAGAAGAAAAUCCCGCUGACUGUGUGCCCGACGUCGAACGUAGCCCUCAAGGUAUUCAAGGACCGCGCGGCGUGUGGCACUGUCGUGAUGGACCUCAUUUUGAAAGAAGGGCUUUGCAUCACCAUUAACUCGGAUGAUCCGGCCUACUUUGGCGGCGACGUACGGGAGAGUUUCCGUAUUCUUGCCGAGACGGGUCGACUUACCCCAGCCACGCUGAAGCAGCUCGUGCUUAAUUCGUUCCACAGCAGUUUCAUUACCGAAGAGCGCAAGCGCACAUACGAGGAAAGGGUAGAGAAGGUCUUCAAAGGCGUGUGCGGAGGCGCAUGA